AAAAGGGGUUGGGGGUGGGAGGUCGGAGCUCUGAGGCGGGUGAGCGGUCUUCUUGGUGAGGGGUCCCGAGACGGCCAAUCAGGACAAGACGUGGAAAAGAGGCGCCGCGCUAGCCAGUCAGACCUGCAAUCCGGGUAGGGGCCGGCUGACGCUAGGGCGGAUCCCAGCCAAUGGGCUUGCCGCUAUCCGUCCGCUCCUCAGCAGCCAGGCGGGGGCGGUGGAAGAGACAGUGAGGAGAGCGCGACGGCGGCGGAGCCUACGCUGGACGGCCCCGGGGAAAGCGAGGCCCGAGCCUUUGCGUCUAGCUGAGGUGCUGAGGCGACUUAGAACGGAGAAGUAAUUCAAGUGGUGUGGAGUUAAUCAGGGAAGGUUUCAGGGAAGAGGAUCAGAAUGGUUUCAAUCCCAGAAUACUAUGAAGGCAAGAAUGUUCUCCUUACUGGAGGUACCGGUUUCCUAGGGAAAGUACUUCUGGAAAAGUUGCUGAGGUCUUGUCCUAAGGUGAAUUUAGUGUAUGUUUUGGUGAGGCAGAAAGCUGGACAGACAUCGCAAGAGCGAGUAGAAGAAAUCAUUAGUGGCAAGCUCUUUGACAGAUUGAGAGAUGAAAAUCCAGAUUUUAGGGAGAAAAUUGUAGCAAUCAACAGUGAACUUACCCAACCUAAACUGGCUCUUAGUGAAGAAGAUAAAGAGAUCAUCAUAGAGUCUACCAAUAUUAUAUUCCACUGUGCAGCUACAGUAAGAUUUAAUGAAAAUUUAAGAGAUGCUGUUCAGUUAAAUGUGAUUGCUACACAACAGCUUAUUCUCCUUGCACAACAAAUGAAGAAUCUGGAAGUGUUCAUGCAUGUGUCAACAGCAUAUGCCUACUGCAAUCGAAAGCAUAUUGAUGAAGUAGUCUAUCCACCUCCUGUGGAUCCCAAGAAACUAAUUGAUUCUCUAGAGUGGAUGGAUGAUGGCCUAGUAAAUGAUAUCACACCCAAAUUAAUAGGCGACAGACCUAAUACAUACAUAUACACGAAAGCAUUGGCAGAAUAUGUUGUACAACAAGAAGGAGCAAAGCUAAAUGUGGCGAUUGUAAGGCCAUCAAUUGUUGGUGCCAGUUGGAAAGAACCUUUUCCAGGAUGGAUUGAUAACUUUAAUGGACCGAGUGGUCUUUUUAUUGCGGCAGGGAAAGGAAUUCUUCGAACAAUGCGUGCCUCCAACAAUGCCCUUGCAGAUCUUGUUCCUGUAGAUGUAGUUGUCAACACAAGUCUUGCGGCAGCCUGGUACUCCGGAGUUAAUAGGUAUAUGAGACCAAGGAACAUCAUGGUGUAUAAUUGCACAACAGGCAGCACUAAUCCUUUCCACUGGGGUGAAGUUGAAUACCAUGUAAUUUCCACUUUCAAGAGGAAUCCUCUCGAACAGGCCUUCAGACGGCCCAAUGUAAAUCUAACCUCCAAUCACCUUUUAUAUCAUUACUGGAUUGCUGUAAGCCAUAAGGCCCCAGCAUUCCUGUAUGAUACCUACCUCAGGAUGACUGGAAGAAGCCCAAGGAUGAUGAAAACAAUAACUCGUCUUCACAAAGCUAUGGUGUUUCUUGAAUAUUUCACAAGUAAUUCUUGGGUUUGGAAUACUGACAAUGUUAUUAUGUUAAUGAAUCAACUAAAUCCUGAAGAUAAAAAGACCUUUAAUAUUGAUGUACGGCAGUUACAUUGGGCAGAGUACAUAGAGAACUACUGCAUGGGAACUAAGAAAUAUGUUUUGAAUGAAGAAAUGUCUGGCCUCCCUGCAGCUAGAAAACAUCUGAACAAGUUGAGGAACAUACGUUAUGGUUUCAAUACUAUCCUUGUGAUCCUGAUCUGGCGCAUUUUUAUUGCAAGAUCACAAAUGGCGAGAAACAUCUGGUACUUUGUGGUUAGUCUGUGUUACAAGUUUCUGUCAUACUUCCGAGCAUCCAGCACUAUGAGAUACUGAAGAAAAGAAUUUAGCAUUAGAACAUCUAUGCAUAUAUGGUGGUCUAAAUGCACAAAAUGUAAAAUGUACUUAAGUCAUCUCACCUUUUGUCAAGACAUUAAACCAUCUUAGAUCAGAGUGUGGAGUAAAUUAUAGUACAUUUUAUGUAACAUUUUAAUGUUUAUGCUCAUAAAAAUCUAGUGAACACACUGUGGUAUGCCAGCUCAGAUCUGCAAUAGCCACCAAAAACCAUUACUUAAUAUUUUGAUCCCUUGGGAAAGGGGUGGGGUGAGGGUAGAAGUGGGGAUAUGGGAACACUGACCAGUAUAACUGUGCAAUUCUGGAACACAUUAAUUAAAAUAUGCCUUAACAUAUAGUGAACUUCUAAUUUUAAUAAUUAGUACAAUGGAAAGCAUUUAUUUGGACAGGAAUACUAGCUAAGUUGGUAGGUAUUUGAUUCUUCAGUGUUUAAUUUUUUUUUUCAUUAGCUGAAGUUUUGUUAAAUUUAUAGCCAAAUUAUUUUCACAUCAUCCUGUAAGUUACUGAGUGGUCUAGACAUGAAAGAUAUGUUAUCAUUUUUCUUUUUGUGAUUAAAGGUCUGAUGCAUAUCAUUUUUCUAUGAGCAAUCAGUUGCUUUCAUAAUCAGAAGGCUAUAUAUUAUUCUAAAGAUCCUGCUGGAUCUAAAUGGGUUUGUAAAUCCAUAACAAUAUAUGCUAUGUGUUUUUUGAAGGAAAAUGAAAAUGAAUUAAAUAAGACUAUUAGCAUCCAAAAAUAAGAAUACAUUUUGCUUGUCCACGUUUUAACCAAAUAGAAAUCAGUCCUGUGUGAGAUGUCAUUCAUGUUUUGAAGCUGGAAGAUUUCUUGAGACUUUGGUAAAUGAGGGGUUGGGAAGGGAUUCACCAUACUUGUACUCUCCUUCCUUUAUAAAUUUUAUUAGUAAGACUUUCAAAAGGCUUAUGCUGUCUUCCCAGUGAAAACUGAAAGUGCAUUAUUAUGGAAGACUAUAUUUGCAGAUAGACAUAGCGUUAAGAAAAUGUUCUCACAUGUGUGUAAACACAUACUAACUUUUGACCUGAAGAGUUGAAUUCAUUCAAGAAAAAUAAAAUGCAUAAAAUAAUAUGUAUAAAAUUAAAUAAAGGAUUUUAUUUACAUACCACAUAAAGUAGCAAACUGUUGAAUUAGUUUGAAGAUAAUAAUUUAUUUUUUUUUCUGCAUGUGGUUUUAGCUUUAAAAGAGAUGCAUUAUAGAAACAAGUAAUAGCAAGAAAAUUAAUGUAUAUUUUAAUGAUACAUUAUGAUUCCCUUUAAACCUUAAUAGUAGUUAACUCUCCUUACUGUUUUAACAUGUAGUUUAACAGAUUGCUCAGUAUAACAUGUUUUAAUUUAGCCGAUCAAGUAGUUCUAUAUUUAAAUCACCAACAGUAUAUCUUGAAUGUGUUUAAUGAGGUCAGUUCACAAUACAAAAAGUUAUAUAGAACUUUACAUCUUAAUUUUUUUUGUCAAUUUAAAUGUAACAUAUAAGAAGUUUAUUUUGUUAUUGUGAAAAAACUAAGCAUAAAGGAAAUCACCUUCUUACAUGCAGGUGUGUAGUCUUAAAAAGAAAAAAUGCUUCCAUGUUGAAGCCAGCUUUUCUGUAGUAAAAUUUCUAAGCAUUAUUUUAAAAGAAGCAUGGGUGUGUGUGUGUGUGUGUGUGCGCGUGCAUACAAACACAUAUAUAAGUUCUUUGGAAUGACACUGAAAUCUCUGGCCUAGGACCAUACCUUGUUUAAGGUGUGAGAGACCAUGACAGUGUCUAAAGAUGGAAUAAAUGAUAAUGCCUUUGAUUUAAAGUGUCCCAUGUAUAGAUGCUCUUUUCAUUGAGUGUUCCAUCUUCCCAAAUACGUUUCCAUAAUGUGUUGAAUACAUGCUCACAGUUGUAUGAUUUUUAUACUCUGGCCAAAUAUACUGAGAAUCAGAUGAAUUGUCUUUAUAUCUUGAAAAAAUCAGGUACAACUUCGACAGGCAUGUAAAAUAAUACAUUUGGGGUGUAUGUCUUUUAAACUGUGUCCUGGUUCUUAUAGUCUAACUUAAAUGCUAUCUGGGAGGGUGCUGAGGCCACUGCAUUAAUUUUGUGUGUGUGUUUAACAGAAUUCUGUUGUCCAGAGAAAGCUAAUGAAUAAUUGACAUGUCAUUCCAAAAGUUAAAGUUCUAAAAUUAGUAUAAAGCACACAUAGGUUGUUAAUCCCCACUAACUAGACUUUAAGCUUAACUCAAAUUUAAAAAGAUUUUGGGAAUCAUUUAUGAUUGUCAUUUGCCAGAAAUGGCUUUUAGUUCAAUUUGAUUAUAAUUUCUAUACAUACUCAAUUUUUAACAAUAUAGCCUAUUAAGUUAAAUAAAUUCAAUAUUUCAUAUAACUUACUAGACAAAGCUGUGUUGUAAAACAUUGUUUUUUUCCCCCAUUCACUUAGAGUCUUAUAAUUCUGUCACAUGCAUUUGUCAAUUGUGACUGUAUUUAAAUUUGACUUGGCAACAUUAAUAUGUCCUAAAACUCAGCACAAAAAAGCAUGACAAUGCAUUCUUUGACUUAAAAGGAUGGCAUAAAAUAAAUGCUUUUUGAAUCUGUAUAAUAAAACUUGGAAGCAGGGAGGAAAAAAUCUUAUUUCUUCUCCCUCUCCCCUCUUUUUUUGUGUUUGUCUAUAGGAACUGGUUCAGGGCUUUUUUUUGCUUUUUGUUUUAAAUGUAAAUUGAUUCUAUAAAAAGUAAAUAGUAGCAUUAUUGGGUGCCUUUGUUUGUAAACCAAAAAGUAAUAAAUGAAUCCCUAUAUUUUCAUUAUAGUA